GUUGAGUUCAACUAUUGUCAAAGAGGAACAGAAACACAUUGAUUGGCUGUUGCGACAAUGUAUUGAAUUACCUAUUUUGCGCGGUGCAUCAUGGGAGUCUGGUACUUUCAAAAAUGGCGAGCUCAGAUAGCGAAAGCUCUUACGAGGUGGAUCAGAUCUUGAAUCAGAGGAAGAGGAAGGGUGUUGUAGAGUACUUGGUGAGAUGGCGAGGGUUUGGGAAGGAGGAGGACAGCUGGGAACCUCUCAAGAACCUCGCCAACUGUGCCGCUGCCAUGGCUGCAUAUGUGAAGCUUACGGCACCAUCUAAAACUCAGAAGAAGUCUACAAAGUCCAGAUCACGGUCAAGGUCACGAUCCACCAGCCGAAGUAGAACAACAAAGACAAAGAGCAGUCGCUCACGAACCCCAAGAGCCCGCAGUCGAACUCCUAGAUCCCGAUCACGGUCAUCAUCAAGAGGUAGACAAGCAAAACAGCCAGAAACUCCACCACGCCAGUCAAGAAGAACAGAAGUUGUCACAAAAUCUUCCACAAACCGAACUCCAGGUAGAGUUGAAAGAACAACAGAAGUUGUAAAGCAAAUACGAGAUGAGUCAAAGCCAACUGAGGUGAAGACGACACGGGUUGUACAAUCACGGACAGAGGUGAAGACAGUGGAGGACAAAGUUGACGGGAAGCUUGUAGCUGCCAAGCCACAGGAAGGUACUGGCACCAGCCUGUACACACUAUGGCAGACAGCUGACACAGCAGUCCUCAUUCUGUUUGUCUGUGUCUCCAUCAUCGUUCUCAGCUAUGUUGUGGAGAACUACUGCAGCCCUUCUGCAAUGUGGAAGUUUCUGGUUGGUCUGUACACAUCUGUAGUUGGAGCUGUUGUUGCUGUGUGGCAGUGUGUGACAGCAUCAACGGCAAGGGCUUUGGAGACAGCAGCAAACUUCACCCGCAACAGUUGGAAGAAGGUUACCACCAACUAGACCCAAGAAGGAGCACUCUCAAGCCACGGAGGCCUCUAGUGCAGACACUCGUAGAUGUGUGUACCUUAAAGCAUUGAUAGUGUCUACAGCAGGCAAGGGUGUAGCAUCUCCACAUUCAAUAACACAACACAGGAAAUCACGAAUGGAAUUGUCAAAUUGUACAUUUUCACUUUUUAAUGAAGUCAUGAAGUUCAUAUUGACAGUGAUUGCUCUGAUACUGCAGUCUCAAAUCUAAUAUCCUCUGAUUCUUUUAAGUAGUGUCAGGUUUUAACAUUCUAAUAUUUUUUUUAAAGUAGCUUUUGAACAGGUUGCUUAUCAUGUAGGAAAAAAAACUGCUCUUCUUUACAUAUUGUACCAGUUAAGUGUAAGCUCAUGUGAGAUUUUAUAAGAUAUUCUAUAUUUUUCCAUUCUUAACAUUCCCAUUGUUUUAAUCCUGCACUGACCAAAGAGUUACCUCCCCUAACAUGUCAAAACAAGCUUCCAUUCAUGUCUCUGACUGAAAGUUUCUGUGAAAUAUUGAUAUGAAAAAAAAACAGAUAUUUUUUUUUUUCCCUUUCUAGCAUCGGUUUGGAUGCAGUGUUGGAUAUUGAAUUUGUACAGUGAUGACUCUUUGUAUAGGAGGUAUGAAAUGGAUGUUCAUUGUUGGCCUGUGUACUGCAAAUAGGCUUCUAAAAACUCUUGCAUUCUUACUUGAUCUAGUCUUAGUUCUUACAUUACAGACUUAUCACAGUAUUGCUGUAUUUAUGUAGUGUCUGGAUUAUCAGGUUUAGAUUUGUGUGAUUUUUGCUUUACAAUGUGUUCAAAAUCAGAAGUGCUAUCUAUGUAUUUCUUUAAAAUAGGCAGCAACAAACAAAUGGUAAAUCAUUGAUACAGAAUCAGGACGAACCAAUCUUGAAAUACUGAAGCAAAGAUGAGCAGAACGUUGCAGAUGAUAAUCAUGAUAACUAAAACUGUUGACUAAAGGAAACAUUUUCUGAGGAGGGUAAUUGUUGUACAGUUACAAGGUUUGGAGAUGAAAUGUUCCUGAAAAUCACUGAAUAUGUAUGCAGACAAUAUGAUCAUUUCCACUGAAUUAUAUCUUAGAUGUUCACCAACUGUACUUUAUGUAGGUAGUAGGUACAUUGUAGAAGAUAUUCCCAGAGUGAUCCUCUUCAUCUGUGCCGACAUCACUGCAGCUAUACAGUUCAUACCCUGCAGGUUGUGUGCUGCCUGGUGACAAUGGUCUUGCUCAGUUUGUCAUGUUCAAUCAUCUUUCAUUUCAUUCAAUCACUAUAAGUGAACCUUCCUACCGAUUAUGUGUUCUUUUAUAUAAGAGUGCUCUCAUGAAAUACAUUUAGCAAUUUUUGAAACUUUUAACUUUACAUUGACAUGUUUUACAUCAUUGUAUAAAAUUAUCCUGUAUGCUCUUACUGUUAAAUGUAAUACUUUUGGUCAUAAUGUUGUCACUGGUUUUAAUGUUCAGUUUCAUUUCUCAUCCAAAUCAUCUUUAUUUUCAAUGAAUACUGUGCCAAACAUUCUGAUUUCAAUUUCAUUGGUUUUAAUAGAUUUUUAAUUCAUGUGUUGUGUAAACUGUGUUCAGUAGUAUUCAGACAAUGCAUACAAAGGAUAUGCAAUUACUAGUAGUUCAGGUUAUAGCUUGUUACUUCUCCCUACAUACUGCCUACUGUUGACAGUGCACAUCAGUCUUGGACAUUUGAUCACAGCCAUUUUAUAAAUGUAAAGAGAAUUAUGUAUGAAAACCCUGUGCAACAAAUCAGCAGCCACACAUGGUAUUACUAAUGGGCAGCUAGGAAGUGUUUAUCAGCUAAUAUUGUUAACCAUUUUUAGCACUUUUUCACCAAAUCUCUGUAUGCAGUAAAGUAACGUAGAUGUACCUAUAUAUACCAAUAAAGGAAAACAACUUUGUAA